GUGGCUAUCAAGUCAAUCCGGAAAGACAAAAUCAAGGAUGAGCAGGACCUUGUCCAUAUCCGGAGAGAGAUUGAGAUCAUGUCCUCCCUCAAUCACCCCCACAUCAUCGCUGUCCAUGAAGUGUUUGAGAACAGCAGCAAGAUCGUCAUCGUGAUGGAGUACGCCAGCAAGGGCGACCUGUACGACUACAUCAGUCAGGAGGCGCGUCACUUCUUCCGCCAGGUCGUGUCAGCCGUCUACUACUGCCACAAGAAUGGGAUUGUCCACAGGGACCUGAAGCUGGAGAACAUCCUCCUCGAUGCCAACGGGAACAUCAAGAUCGCAGACUUUGGCCUGUCCAACGUUUACCAGCAGGACAAGCUCCUGCAGACGUACUGCGGCAGCCCCCUCUAUGCAUCCCCCGAGAUCAUCAACGGGAGGCCAUACAAGGGCCCGGAGGUGGAUAGUUGGUCCCUGGGUGUUGCCUGCGGGCUGAUCCGCUGGAUGCUGAUGGUGAACCCGGAGCGCCGCGCCACCAUCGAGGACAUCGCCACGCACUGGUGGGUGAACUGGGGCUACAAAGUGCCCAUCGGGGAGCAAGAGCUGUUGGGGGAGAGCGAUUCCCCCCUGGCCACGGUGGCAGAGUGGCUUCGCCGCUCCUCCCGGCCCCUCCUGGAGAACAGCUCCCGGGUGCGAUGCUUCCUGAAGCAGCACAUCCCCGGCGCAGCCCUGGAGCGGCAGCGCUCCCUCAAGAAGUCCAAGAAGGAGAAUGAUGUCUCCCACGUGCUGCAGGAGGUGGCCUUGGCCCCGGAGAACCCCUCCAAGUCCAUCCUCAAGCGGCCCAAGGGCAUCCUGAAGAAGAGAAACUCCUGUGAG